AUGCAGCGUGAAAAGAUUGGCGAUUUGUUUACCUUCGGGGAAACCUUAACUUUGGAAGAAGCGAACAAUGCAAACCACUCAACGUAUCAUUUAAAAGGAAUAAUAACGCAUGCUGGUGAUGCGAAUGGAGGACAUUACAUGAGUUAUAUUCAAGAUAACGGGAAGUGGAUGGAGUUUAAUGAUCAGGAAGUGACCGUUUGUGAUGAUCCGCAAGCGAUGUUUCUCUCGUGUUAUGGUGCAGAAUUUAUGAAAUGUGCAUAUCUGCUGCUAUAUGAGAAGGAUGCGAUUGAAUCGAUAUCGGAGAGAAAAACCGAAUCGAUUCCAUUGUUGUUUAUUACGGAAGGGUUCUGGGAUUUGUUCUUCGAAGUGAUCGUCCUUUCGCUCCAAAACGCCUCUCAAAACCGAAUUCUCAGCGAGAAACUCUUGGAAAGCACGAGCAUUGUUUCGUUCCUUACUUCUUCCACGAUUCGAAUCCUUCCACUCCUCGUUCAACAAUCAUUCAAUUGUGGGCUUUAUAUCAACGAAACUUCCCGAUCCUCCAAAUCAUUAGAUUCUUCUUACUUCUUGACGAUUCUUCAAAAACUCUUGAAUCCUCCGUCCGAUUGUUGGAUUUGGGGCUAUUCGUUCUUGCAGCAAAUGAUUUCGCAGCUUGAAGACAUUGUUCAUAAGCACUAUUCACUCCAAAUCCAAUGGUAUUAUUAUCAGCUCGUCGAUAAAGCGCUUUCAUUCUGUGAGGAUCGUCUUGGCGAUCGAAAAGAAUGUUUUGUGAUUGUUUUGAAAUUCUUUUCGACGGUUUUCCAGCUUUGCAAAUCGCUUUGCGACGCGAGAGAGCGCAUUUCGAUUCUUCUGCUUCGCAUUUUCCAGCGUUUUAUCACGACGAAUAGAUUAAAGCGAUUCGUAUUUCUCUCUCCUUUCGUUUCACAGAUCCACUCCCUGAUUCAAUUCUGGGUGCAAUAUGCUCCUAUUUAUAAUGAAAAGCUUUUGGCUUCGUGUCCCGAAAUGAAACCAAACAACUCGCUCAUGUCGAUUGUGAAUAAUUAUUAUGUAAUGAGUAUCUUAACGACUGAUUUAGAAUUCGUUUUGAACGAAAAUAGCGGGCCUAUUCUGGUUCUAAUGUCGGAUCCUGAAGCUCUUCAAGAAAAUGUCGCAUCGAUUCAAAACGAAUCGGUGGUUUCAUUUGAUGAAGUGUCUGUUUUCUACAAGGUUGUGCAGAACGUAGUGAGCGAUCCAUCGAACGAAAUCGAUAUGGAGAUUGUGAACAAGAUCUUGAAAUGCAGCUUUUAUUAUUUGAUAACGAAAGACGAGCAAUCAUGGCUGAUCGAAAUGAACACCAUCAGCCGUUUUUUCGAAUUGACUCAAGAGAAUAACAGUUGUUUCGUGUUUUCAUACUAUUUAAACAAUACGGAGUGGGGGAUUUGGAUUUUAUUAACGCAUAGUUUGAUAGAACACUUGGUAAGUGUGCUUCGCAUUAUGUUUAACUCCCCUGAUUAUUUGAUGAUACAUCACGUGGAAAGCUUCAUGAAGAUUCUGAUUCUUGCGCAGGACGAUGAUUUGAUUCCCUUUUUCUCUUGCCUACUGAAGAAGAAUAACUUCUUGCAUUCUGUGAUGCAGAUUCAAAACGUUAGCAAUCGACUGGCCUUUGCGCAUCUGAUUUGCGAUACUUUGCAACGAAAUUUAGGAUUGAAAAAUGCGAUCUGGCAAGGCGAAGUAGCUGCCAGUGGUCGUUUGUUAUGUCAAUAUUGUCAUUCAGAAACGUUCGAAGAUUCCAGUGAGUGA